AUAGAAAAGCUCUCACUCACUUCGAUUCCAUCGCGCUCAGCACUCGGUCGCUAAAACGUUCCGCCGAUACGCUUCACUGAUCCUUUAUCCUUGGGGGAGCCCCGAACCGAGCGAGCACUUACAUAUAACGAUUGUUCGGAACACAUAGCAACCGGUCGGUACCUACCUAUAUUGUCGUCGUCAACAGCACCAACUUGGUCGCUUCGGAUUCAGUCUAUCAUGAGCAGUGUGGAGCCGCAGAGCAAGAAAUCCAAAAUGGUAUCGAGUCUGGAACAACUGAAGCAACUAACCACCAUCGUGGCCGACACCGGUGAUUUCGAAGCAAUGAAAAUCUACAAGCCCACCGAUGCCACGACCAAUCCAUCGUUGAUUCUUUCGGCUGCCGGAAUGGAACAGUACCAGCACCUAAUCGAUAAAGCCGUCAAAUACGGACUGAAGCAGGGAACUACUGAAGAAGAACAAGUGACGGAAGCCGCCGAUAUGUUGUUCGUCCUGUUUGGGUGUGAGAUUCUGAAACUGGUUCCGGGCCGUGUUUCUACAGAAAUCGAUGCUCGACUCUCGUUCAACAAGCAAGCCUCGGUUGCCAAGGCUCUCAAGCUGAUCCAGCUCUAUGAGGACAACGGCAUCGACAGGAAGCGGGUGCUCAUUAAACUUGCCUCAACUUGGGAGGGCAUACAGGCUGCACGAGAACUGGAGAAAGAUCACGGUAUCCAUUGUAAUCUCACUUUGCUGUUCUCGUUUGCCCAGGCUGUAGCUUGUGCGGAAGCUGGUGUCACUUUGAUUUCACCGUUCGUUGGUCGUAUCCUUGAUUGGUACGUAUCAAACACGGAUAAAAAAUCUUACGAACCAGAACAAGAUCCAGGAGUCAUUUCGGUAACGAAGAUUUACAACUACUACAAAAAGUUCGGAUACAAGACUGUAGUGAUGGGAGCUUCCUUCAGAAACACCGGCGAAAUCCGUGCUUUAGCCGGCUGUGAUUUGCUAACGAUCAGUCCAAAAUUGUUGGGUGAUCUCGAGAAGAGUGACGAGCCCAUCAAACGCUACCUGGAUCCAGAUGUAGCCAAAGCGAGCAAACUGGAAAAAAUUAACAUGGACGAGGCAACGUUCCGGUGGAUGCUGAAUGAAGAUCAGAUGUCCACCGACAAACUAUCUGACGGCAUCCGUAAGUUUGCUGCCGAUGGACGCAAACUGGAAACCAUGCUGCGCGGACUGAUCCAACAGGCGGCAUAAGUGUUAACAGUGCAUUUACAAAAAUCUAUUUCAAAAAUGGUGAUGUUGUUUUUUUAUACAAAUAUUCUGUUCCUUUGUCAUACAAUUUCGGUACAUUCGAUUGAGAUGAAAUAAAUUUAUUGAAUUUUCUUAA